AUGGUCAAACAUUGUAUGAUUUGUGGCAACGUCGAAGGCGUGGAUGGCGUUUCAGUGCAUGGUUUUCCAGCAAAUGUCGAUCGGAAGCGUCAAUGGGUGAUGUUCACCGAGGACAAUGGUGUCAAUGCUCGACAGAUAUUGGCUCACUCCAAGCUCUGUUCAAGGCAUUUUGUUGCCGGUCAUGAUUACUACGGAGGAGCCGUACAUCGCCGUCGACUAACUGUUGGAGCAGUGCCGUCAGUAGUGCUUGGGGACGUCAAGAUGGAAGAAAGAGAGCACGUGGAGGUCGUCGGCGUCCCAGUGGAGGGUGUGGAGUACGUGGAAGUCGUUGGCGUCCCAGUGGAUGUAGGGGAUGAUGUGGAAGGAGUAGAGGUGGUGGAGGACAUUGAAUUUGUCGAGGUCCUGAUGGAAGGUGUGGAGGAAGUGGAGGACGAGGUAGUCCAGAUGGAAGUGGUAGAGGACGAGGUGGUCCAGAUGGAAGUGGUGGAGGACAUGGAAUUUGUUGAGGUCCAGAUGGACGGAGGGGAUGACGUGGAAGUGGUAGAAGUCCAGAUGGACGGAUGGGAGGACGUGGAAGUGGUAGAAGUGCAGAUGGACGAAGUGCAAGCGGAACUGGAGUUUGAGGACAUGCUCGACGAGUUGCAGCCAGACGUCGACGAAGAGUUCCGACCACUUGCCGUGGAUGAACAACCCCGAGGGCGUGCGCAAAUAAUUGACAGGCAGGCAGGCGUGACACACCCGCUUCCAGAGCGGCACAACGCGGGCGCGUUAAACAGAAUCUGCACACAGUGUAACGCCCGCCACUUCGAAGGCGAGGUUGUGGGCCGGGAUGCCAAUAGGCACUUCUCCACUUGCUGUAACAACGGUCAAGUGACCGCUGCAGGACAACACGCGUUGUUGCCCGCCCCUUUUUUACUAAUGAGUUUGUUGAUUGGAGAUUCACAGGAUAGUCGUAGAUUCCGAGACGACAUUCGCCGGUACAACAACGCCCUGGCAUUCGCUGCGUUUAGCUGUGGCACAAACGACAGGCGUUUGCGAGGGCGUGGACCGCGAACGAUGUGUAUCCAAGGCCAAACUUAUCAGAGGAUAAAUAAUGACGUGGCCGUUGACCGAGUAGAUGCCAACUACUGUCAGUUGUAUUUCCUCGAGUCCGCAGAGGCCAACACCCGCCGCGUUGGGAUGGCUCUGCAGAGAAAUCAGCGUGAACUGUCCGUAGUUGUGAUGGGACUAUUGGACGGUUUUCUGCGGGACGUAAAUCCGUACGCAAUGGCUUUUAAGAACAUGCGUGAGGUGUGGCUGGCAGAAAGAGACCUAGCCGAUGCCGAUCCCGCAGGUGUGCGACCUAGGCCAGUGACGAUGCAUUUUGUCCGAGAUGCGGCCCGGGACGACGGGCGAAACAACCUGCCUACCGCAAACGAAGUUGCGGCCGUGUUCGUAGGUGAAGGGGGUCGUCCGCCAAGAGACAUUAAUCUGGUCAUCUACGAUACGAAUCCAAUCAACCCGCAACACAGGAUGCAAACCAUACCAGCGGGGUCGUGUCACUCGGAUCCGAUGUUGUAUCCGCUGUUUUUCCCGUACGGCGAGGCCGGUUGGCAUAACGGGAUGUUGCAAGCGGGCAACCGACGAAACAAUGUCCGCAAUCGCAACAGUAUCAGAGAGUUUGCGUGCUACCGUUUGGCUGUUAGAUAUCAGGGAAAUAACGACCAAAGGCAUGAACUGUUUAGUUUAUUACAUCAAGGUCGGUUCUUGUUGCAGAUGUAUGUGUGCGACCAGUAUGUUCGAAUGGAGUCGAACAAUCUGAACUACAUACGUUUGCACCAGAGGGAUCUCCUCGCCGAAGCGUAUCAAGGGCUCAUGGACCAUGUGAACCAACAGCUCCACGUCGAUCCCAUGGCGGUCGGGCGUAGGGUCAUAUUGCCGUCGACGUUCACGGGUAGCGACCGAUUCAACAAGAUGAAUUAUCAAGACGCCAUCACCAUAGUGCGUACCAAAGGGAAACCCGACCUGUUCAUAACGUUUACGUGCAAUCCCAGGUGGCCAGAGAUCACUGAAAACCUGGCUGCCCACAGCACGGCAAGCGACAGGCCGGACCUGGUGGCCAGAGUGUUCAACAGGAAGCUACAGGAGCUAAUAGAAACGUGGUCUGCCCCAUGCGCAUAUACUGAUAAUCCUGGCAGAGGACUGUAA